AUGGAUUCUGCGUACAGAGGAAAUGGAUCUGGAGAUGAUAAUGAUCUGGAUAUAUCCAGCUCUAGAAGAGGCAAGAAGCACUACCAUCGCCAUACGUCGCAACAAAUUCAGCAACUCGAAGCGUUUUUCAAGGAUUGCCCACAUCCAGAUGAGAACCAGCGACGACAACUGAGUAGGGAACUAGGAUUGGAGCCUAAGCAGAUCAAAUUUUGGUUCCAAAACAAAAGGACACAAACAAAGGCUCAGGGUGAGAGGGCAGAUAACAGUGCACUUCGAACAGAGAAUGAAAGAAUUCACUGUGAGAAUCUGGCGAUGAGGGAGGCGCUGAAGAACGUGGUCUGCCUUCAAUGCGACGGUCCUGCUCUCGGGGAAGAAGAGAGAAAGCGCGGCCUGCAAAUUCUCAGAAUGGAGAAUGCACAGCUCAAGGAAGAGCACGAGAGAUUAUCAGCUGUCAUUUCCAAUCUGAUGGGAAGAUCGUCCAUGAUGGCGGCACAGGCAGCUUCUAGUGGAGUUUUACAUGAAGAGAGCAAUAACUACCUGGUGGCCGGCGGCUCAGCUGCCGUUGAUCCGAGGAAUAAUAAUAAUAAUCCGGUGGUGGUUUCGCAGCCGUUGUUCACGCUGGGUGGAGGAGUGCAAGAGAUGGAGAAAAGCGCGAUGGUUGAAACAAUGGCGGUCGCCAUGGAAGAGCUUAUUGAGCUUCUGCAAGCGGAUGAACCCCUCUGGAUACGAACCCCCGAAGACGGGCGAUUAGUCCUCCAUCGCGAAACCUACGACAGAGUUUUCCCCAAAGUGAAUUACCUCAGAAGUGUUAGUACUUGGACGGAAUCAUCCAAGGAUUCCGCCGUUGUUCCCGCCUCCCCUGUUGAACUCAUCGAGAUGUGUCUUGAUCCAAGUAAGUGGAUGGAUUUCUUCCCAACGAUUGUGGCAAAGGCUAGGAUCAUUGAAGUUCUUGAUUCUGGAAUGCUAGGAGGAUCCUUACAAUUGAUGUUUGAGAAAAUGCACAUUCUUUCACCGAUGGUGGCGCCUCGAGACUUCAUUUUCUUACGUUAUUGCCGACAACUUGAGGCAACCGCAUGGAUAAUGGUCGAUGUUUCAUAUGACUGCUUCAAAGAGAAUGAGGGUUUUGCUCCCUCUUACUCCUGGAAGCUUCCUUCUGGAUGCUUGAUUCAAGAUCUGCAUAAUGGCAAAUCCAAGGUUACAUGGAUUGAACAUGUUCAAGUGGAUGACAAAACACAAACUCAUCGCCUGUAUAGAGAUUUAAUCUGCGGCAGUCAAGCCUAUGGAGCAAACCGAUGGAUUGUUACACUUCAAAGAAUGUGUGAACGUUAUGGAUUCUCCAUGGGAGUAAAGGGUGCACCUACCGCUAGACAUGAACUUGAAGAAGUGAUGAAUGAGCCUCAAGGAAGGAGGAGCGUGAUGCAGUUAUCACAGAGGAUGGUGAAGAGCUUCUGCGAGAUACUGAACAUGGGUGAAAGAGUAGAUUUCCCUCAGACGUCGGAGAUGAACAAUAGCGGCGUCAGGAUUUCGCUGCGCAAAAGCAGCACCGAAACAGCCCAAUCUGCAGACGCAUUGAUCGUCUGCGCUGCUUCGUCUCUCUGGCUCCCUCUUCCCUUCGAUCAUCUCUUCAAUUUCUUCAGAGAUGAUCAGUUAAGAGCUCAGUGGGAUGUUCUCUCUAAUGGCUACCCCGUCACCGAGGUCGCCCGCAUCCCUACCGGAAAUCAUCCCGGAAACUGCGUCUCCAUAAUUCAGCCUUAUGUUUCCAAAGAAAGCAGCAUGCUGGUGCUGCAAGAGAGCUGCGUUAACUCGUUGGAAGGUCAUGUGGUGUACGCUCCGAUAGACCUCCCGGUCAUCACCGCCUCCAUAAACGGCGAAGAUCCGAUCAAAAUUCCGAUGCUCCCGUCGGGGUUUGUGAUCAGCGGCGACGGUCGUCUCGAAAAGAAAAGCUCAACGGCACAAAGCAGCAGCAGUAAAAUGGGACAAGGUGGGUCCCUGUUGACAGUGGCAUUCCAGAUAUUGAUAAGCAACGGCUCUCUCUCAAAGCAGGUCAACAUGGAGUGCGUGGCCACCGUGCAUGCCCUCAUUAGCUCCACCAUUCAGAAGAUCAAAACCGCUUUGGAUUGCUCCGAUUUGGAGUGAUAGGAUUUUAGUGUUUUUUGCAUUUCUUCAGAUUUUUCUCUGUUUCAGACUAAUCGAAUAU